GCAAGAAGCAUUUUAACGAGUCUUCUCCUUCCUCUCGCCCAAUUUCCUCACCUGCCUCCGAGAAGAGAAAAGCAAACGAGACGCGAAUCAGCGGCGGCGAUGGCUCUCCCGGCGUCCAGCUCCACCCUCUCCCGCUUCCUCUCCUCCCGCCGCAUCCAGCCCGCCGACGUCACCGCCCUCGCCACCUGGGGCGUCGCCGCCGGCAGCGCCGCCAUCUACCUCGUCCAGCCAUUUGACUGGAUCAAGAAAACCUUCUUCGAGAAGCCCGAGCCAGAGGCAUGAGUGCUUAUGGGCGUGCAUGGCUGCAACUUUUGAUGCGUACAUUUCCAGGAUGAUUCUGAGUUUGGAUGACCCAGCCAAUAAUAUACAAGACCCUCGUGUUCCCUUGUUUGAUUUUCCAUCCAGAUGUAGGUUUCCUGUUGCGUUGCAUGUAACCCUCGCCAUGGGAGGGGAAUGAUCAUGUAAGUUUAUUUUUCGUCACAGAGAAAAGAAACUGUGCUUGUGUUCA